AUGGGUGAGGUGACAGCAGAGGAGGUGGAGAAGUUCCUGGACUCGAAUGUCAGCUUUGCCAAGCAGUACUACAACCUCCGCUACCGGGCCAAGGUCAUCUCGGACAUGCUGGGGGCCAAGGAGGCCGCGGUGGACUUCAGCAACUACCACUCGCUGAACAGCGUGGAGGAGAGUGAAAUCAUCUUUGACCUCCUGCGGGACUUCCAGGAGAAUCUGCAGACCGAGAAAUGCAUCUUCAAUGUCAUGAAGAAGCUGUGCUUCCUUCUGCAGGCAGACCGCAUGAGCCUGUUCAUGUACAGGGUCCGAAACGGCAUCGGGGAGCUGGCCACGCGGCUCUUCAAUGUUCACAAGGAUGCUGUCCUUGACGAAUGCCUCGUGGUGCCCGACUCGGAGAUCGUGUUCCCCCUGGAUAUGGGUGUGGUUGGUCAUGUCGCACACUCUAAAAAGCUCGCCAACGUCCUCAACACAGAAGAGGAUGAGCAUUUCUGUGACUUCGUGGACAUCCUCACAGAAUACCAGACCAAGAACAUCUUGGCUUCCCCCAUAAUGAAUGGGAAGGACGUGGUGGCCGUACUCAUGGCUGUGAAUAAACUGAAUGAGCCCCACUUCACCAAGAGAGAUGAAGAGAUUCUUCUCAAGUACCUCAAUUUCGCAAAUCUAAUCAUGAAGGUGUACCACCUGAGUUACCUGCACAACUGUGAGACUCGGCGUGGCCAGAUACUGCUGUGGUCUGGGAGCAAAGUCUUUGAAGAGCUUACGGAUAUCGAGCGGCAGUUCCACAAAGCCCUGUACACAGUCCGAGCCUUCCUCAACUGCGACAGAUAUUCUGUGGGGCUCUUAGACAUGACCAAGCAGAAGGAAUUUUUUGACGUGUGGCCAGUCCUGAUGGGUGAGGCUCCACCCUAUUCUGGUCCCAGGACUCCGGAUGGAAGGGAAAUCAACUUUUACAAGGUCAUUGACUACAUCCUGCAUGGCAAAGAAGACAUCAAAGUAAUCCCGAACCCACCUCCUGAUCAUUGGGCUUUAGUAAGUGGUCUCCCCACUUAUGUUGCCCAGAAUGGCCUGAUUUGCAACAUCAUGAAUGCGCCUGCGGAGGACUUUUUUGAAUUCCAGAAAGAGCCUCUGGAUGAGUCCGGAUGGAUGAUCAAGAAUGUCCUUUCUAUGCCAAUUGUGAACAAGAAGGAAGAGAUUGUUGGGGUGGCCACGUUUUACAAUCGCAAAGAUGGGAAACCCUUUGAUGAGAUGGACGAGACCCUCAUGGAGUCUUUGGCUCAGUUCCUGGGCUGGUCCGUCUUAAAUCCCGACACCUAUGAGUCAAUGAACAAACUUGAAAACAGGAAGGACAUUUUCCAGGACAUGGUAAAAUACCACGUGAAGUGUGACAACGAAGAGAUCCAGACAAUCCUGAAAACCAGAGAGGUGUACGGGAAGGAGCCAUGGGAAUGUGAGGAAGAGGAACUCGCUGAGAUCCUGCAAGGAGAGCUGCCAGAUGCGGAGAAAUAUGAAAUUAAUAAAUUCCACUUCAGCGACUUGCCCCUGACAGAGCUGGAGCUAGUGAAAUGUGGGAUACAGAUGUACUAUGAGCUCAAAGUGGUAGAUAAAUUUCACAUUCCUCAGGAGGCGCUGGUGCGAUUCAUGUACUCGCUGAGUAAGGGCUACCGCAGGAUCACCUACCACAACUGGCGGCACGGCUUCAACGUGGGGCAGACCAUGUUCUCCUUGCUGGUGACGGGAAAGCUGAAGCGGUACUUCACGGACCUAGAGGCCUUGGCCAUGGUCACCGCUGCCUUCUGCCAUGACAUUGACCACAGAGGCACCAACAACCUCUACCAGAUGAAAUCCCAGAAUCCACUGGCCAAGCUCCAUGGGUCCUCCAUCUUGGAAAGACACCACUUGGAGUUUGGCAAAACGUUGCUGAGAGAUGAGAGCCUGAAUAUCUUUCAAAACCUCAAUCGCAGGCAGCACGAGCAUGCAAUCCACAUGAUGGACAUUGCAAUCAUCGCCACAGACCUUGCCCUGUAUUUCAAGAAGAGGACAAUGUUCCAAAAGAUCGUGGAUCAGUCUAAGACAUAUGAAACUGAACAGGAGUGGACACAGUACAUGAUGCUGGAACAGACCCGGAAGGAAAUUGUUAUGGCCAUGAUGAUGACCGCCUGCGAUCUCUCAGCCAUCACCAAGCCCUGGGAGGUACAGAGUAAGGUAGCUCUGCUGGUUGCUGCCGAAUUCUGGGAACAAGGUGACCUGGAGCGCACAGUGCUGCAGCAGAACCCCAUUCCCAUGAUGGACAGAAACAAGGCGGAUGAACUCCCCAAGCUUCAGGUCGGCUUCAUUGACUUUGUCUGCACCUUCGUCUACAAGGAAUUCUCCCGUUUCCAUGAAGAGAUCACUCCCAUGCUGGAUGGGAUCACCAACAACCGCAAGGAGUGGAAGGCGCUCGCGGAUGAGUACGAUGCCAAGAUGAAGGCGUUGGAGGAGGAGAAGCAGAAGCAGCAGGCAGGCACGCAAGCGGCGGCGGGAAAUCAGCCCUGGGGCAACCCCGGUCCAGCAGGGGGCGCACCAGCAUCCAAGUCCUGCUGCAUCCAGUAG